UUCCGGCUCUGACCCAACAAUCCGGGGGGGCUGGCAGUGCCAGGGGCUGCCCCGGGGCAGGGUGCCCAGGAUGAUCGUGUCCCUGUGGCUGGCGUACAUCGCGGCACGGAAAGGCACCGGCGUGCACAUCCCCACCGACAGCGCACCGGAUGGCCCCGUGGUGGAGGUGGAUGCGUUGGCCACGGGUGAAGAGCUGCUCUCCAGGCUGUUCCAGAGGGUGCUGGAAAUCUGGGCAGAGCCCCAGGCGGAGCCCCAAGGAGAGCCACGGGCAGGACCACGGGCAGAGCCCCAGGCAGAGCCUGCAGCAGCUCCUCCAGCCUCCCAGCAAGCCGGUGGUCCAAGCCCCCAGGGUGAUGCUGACCGUGGGGUGCAGGCACCCGGGCAGGUCCUCGUGGAGGACAGGAUGAAGGUCCAGUACUUGAGGUGGAGCCAGACCCGUGUUCAUCGCGUCUCGAGCCUGCUGGAGGAUGAUCUGGUGGAGGACAGGAAGGAGCAAACUGAAAACGGCGUGUCCCAGGUGCUGCUCCAAGGCGUGCCGGACACCGUGAUGGAGGCCGUGAUGGAGGCCGUGACAGAGGCUGUGACAGAAGCUGUGAAGGACACCGGGAUGGACACCACGAGAGACACUGUGAUGGACACCAUGAUGGACACCGGGACGGACACUGGGCUGGACACCGAGACGGACACCGGAACAGACACCGGAACGGACACCGGGACAGACACCGGGAUGGACCCCGUGAUGGACCCCAUGAUGGACUCCACGCUGGACACCAAGACCCAGGUCCAGCUUCCCAGCGAGGACUAGGAGGUGCUGAGAUCAAAACUGCAGCAAGCAGGCCCAAGGGCAGGCGGUGAACAGCAUGGAGAGGCCAGGAGCCAGCAGGGCAGCGGCACAGGGACACCCUAAAUAAGUCCCUGUCCCAUGCAGGACUGGGACCUCCCUCCCCACCUCCAGAAGCAGGAGCUGUGGCUGUGCCAGGAGCAUGGAGCAGGAGCUGGGUGCCCGCAGACCCCCACUUUGCAUGUUACCGGGGAGUUCAUGAAUUAUGCAGCCACCACAGCAUGGCAGGAGAAAUCAGCUGCAACG